AUGGACUGUUUUAUUUAGUUCAUCACACAUAGACACAUUAAAUACACUCACACAUCCAGUUUUUGGCAGAAAAAGGGUUAUACUCUCAUCAGAGUAUUGAGGUUGAAGAGCUAAUAUUACUGAUGUUUCUCAUACUGAAGAUUGCUGGGGAAUGUGACUUGACUGAGCUGAAGGGGAAUCAUUACAUCUUGAGGUCCUAGGAAUGAGCAAGUUUGGGCCAUCAGGUCUUAUAGUGCAUAGGGGAAAGUACUUUUAUUUUAAUAUAUUGCACUGUUGUAGAAAGUCUUCAUGAUAUUAUGUGUAUGUAUGUUAUCUCUCAACCCUGAGUUUAAUGGACAGUACUAUUUCCACCUGCUUUUCACUAUGCAUUAGUUUGUUGAAGUGUGGACACUCAUUUGCCCAAAAUGAAUAAGAGCUUUGUUGGAUGGAUGCAGACUACUGCAGUGGUCUCCAGGAGCUCCCAGAAUGGACCAGGACCCCAGUGUGCCUAAGCCAGUGAUUUUCAACAAGUGUUCUGUGGCACCAUUCAGGGGUGCCACAGUGUGUCAUGCACAGUGUAAGCACUGUUCGGUGUGCAAACAUGGUUCAUAAGAUAAACCCAGAGAUUUCAAAUAGCAUUCUGACCUGUUGUCAUCUGAGAUCUUUGUAUAAAAAGAAUUACUUUCUUUUUUACACAGAAAAAUAAUAAUAAAGUGAAAACCAACAGCUGACACUUUCCAAGGGGUGCCUUGAGUCCAGUGAGGGGUACCUUGUAUCUAAAAAUGCCAAGAACCACUGGCCUAAACACUUGGGGUAACUUGGAUCUAAAAAAGAUGAGAACCACUGACCUAAAUGCUUAAUAAGCAGAAUGAAAAGGAUGGUUUCUGACCCAAACCUUACACUCCAAGACCUAUUUCAUGCUACAGUGUUCUUCCAGCACAGCUCCAGUUCUGUUAGCCAGACUUUGAGUAUUUCUACACUCAGAGCUUCUUUGUAACAGAAGCCAUUCCCCCUGUCCCUGCCCCAACCUCCACUCCCACCUCCCUUUUGCCAACAGGUUUAUGCCUUAUUUCCUGAAUGAAACAAAGCUCUGCCAGCUGACUGAAGGCAUAUGUAACUAUGCCUGUGCCUUCUGCUGGAUGUUGCUAUCCCUUCUGCAGCUGGUUCAUUCCCUGAGUGUUUUUUCCAUUUGACCAUUAUGGCUACUACAAGGAACCAUGGAGAGCUGCCAGAAGUUCAUGAAUGUGUGCAUGUUCUGAUGUUUUGACAGUGGCAAAUGCUACCUGCUUCCAGAACUUCUAUUGGCAAAACAAGCACAAACUACAGUGGGAGAUGCGUCAACGGGAAGAGGAAAUUGCAGAGCUGCAGAAGGCUUUGAGCGAUAUGCAAGUUUACCUCUUCCAGGAGAGGGAACAUGUGUUACGUCUUUACUCAGAAAAUGACCGGCUGAAAAUCAGGGAGCUGGAAGACAGAAAAAAGAUUCAACAUCUCCUAGCUCUUGUGGGAACAGACACAGGAGAAAUCACUUAUUUUCACAAGGAGCCUCCACACAAGGUCACUGUUUCUCAAAGGUCAAUCAAAUCCAGAGAUCAACACGAACGAAAUGAUACCUAUACUUCCAGAACAGCAGGCACUAAAAGGAGCACCUCAAAGCCAGCAGCAAAAGGUGAGAAACCAGAAAGUCCUGAAAAAUAUCACAGAGACAAUCAAACUCUUUUACUGCAGGUAGAGGCUCUGCAGGCUCAAAUGGAAGAGCAGACCCGGUUAUCCAAGGAACAGCUUGAUGCAUUGUUAGAAGAUAGGAGGAUUCACAUGGAAGAAGCUCAGGUUCAGCAUCAGAGGGACCAAGACAAGAUCAAAAGCUUGACAGAUAAACUCCAUAAGACCCAGAACCUACUCUAUGAGAGCACACGGGACUUUCUCCAGCUGAAGUCUGAUUCACGAGCAAAUGAGAAAGCAUGGAUGGCAGAGAAGGACAGUUUAUUGAGGAAACUUGAUGAAGGCCGGGAUGUGGUUUUCAUCACUAGGGAGCCAGAGAGGGAGAGAAAGGAGAGAGACAUCAAGCUGAUUCGUCAUGCAGAUCGUGAAAUUCAGAAGGUAAAGAGUGGCGAAAUCAAGUCAUUGCAGGAGCAGUUAAUACAGGAGCAGAGACUGGCAAGCAUGUACCGAGAGCAGUGUGUUACCCUGGAGGGUGAGCUGGCUAGGAUUCGUGAAGAGGGGGAUGUUGGCCGAGAGCUCUUCAAGGAACGCUCAGAAAAGAUGGGGAAGCGUUUGCAACUGAUGACGCAACGAUAUGAGGCCCUGGAAAAGCGGCGUAGCAUGGAAGUAGAAGGCUUCAAGAAUGACAUUAAGCAGCUUCGGCAGAGGUUGAAGGAUGUAGAGAAACAGCUCUUCAAGGUGACCAUGAAUAUUGGACCAGACCAAGACCUUGCUAUUCUGCAUGAGGUACGCCAAGGCAACAGGCGAACUCGCAAAAUUCAAGGAGAACUAAGAAACUUGAAGGCAAAAAUCUAUGGCUUGGAGAAUGAACUACGGAUCUGUUGAUAUAGAGAGAUCAGCCAGCAUAGUAGUGUUAUGACCAUGACUGAUUCUAGGUUAUAAAGGUGAGUUUAAAGAACAGGCUUCAUAUAUCUCUUUCCCAGCAUCCCAUGACAAACAAGAAGCAGCAUUGCUUAGGGAAAUCUGCAAAUUAAUUUCAGAGUGUGGCAGAGAUGUUUCCUUUGUCUCCUAAUGUGUCCAGCUCUGCUGUCCCUUCCCUACUACAUGUGAGAUCACUGAUAAACAUGUUCUAUCUUACGUUCAUCCCUUGUCCCCAAAAAACACAGAUGACUUUGUGAGUGUGAAAAGUUGAUUUAGUAUCUUGGAAUUUUCUGCUGUAAUUUUUUUAUACCAUCUUGUCAAACAUGAUGUCAUCAAGUUGAUGCCUUUCUGAGGUAUGCGACUUGAGCCGCAAGGGCCUCCUGACAUUUUUUUUUAUUGUUAUUAUUAUUUGCCAAAGAAUCAAGUUUGUAAUGUUUUCUAGAUUUUUUUUUUUUUUAAUUAAAAUUAAGAGUGAAAGCUUC